GCGCUGGGGGGUGCUUCCGCCUUCGCCAGCCCAGGCUGCAGCGCAACAUCCACAAUUCCCACCAGAUCUUUCCAUCCUUCCAGGGAUCGGGGAAGGGAAAUGGCUGCAGUGGAGCCCGUUGAGGGGCUGGUGACCUUUGAGGAGGUGGCUGUGUAUUUCACCAAGAAAGAGUGGGGUCUGCUGGACCCGGGUCAGAGAACCCUCUACAGAGACGUCAUGCUGGAGAACUAUGAGACUGUGAGCUCGCUGGUCCAUCUUCUUACCCUGACGGCCUGCAGAACGACAUCCACAUUUCACUCUGGAUGGGCCCAGCCUCCUAGGGGACAGGGAAGGAAAAUGGCUGCCGUGGAGCUGGCUCAGGUAGGGAUUAUCAGGGAGUUGCUGGUGGGUUCCCUCUGCACUGACGCGGCAGUAAACCCAUAG